UGUGCGUGCAUCCGAGAGCAAGUGUAAGCUGGCAUCAUCAAGUCAAUUGUCCUUGUAGAGCAACCCUUCAACGCUCACUUGAUUGCUGAGAUCACUUCUUGUGUCUCGCUUCAAUACAUUCAGCAGGACAUUGGUAAGCAGAAGAUCAGAAGAUACAGAGGAGGAAAUAAAGGACGUCAUCACAUAGGAGAGCUAAAGGAAGAGUGGUCAAGAUGUUGAUCACCAUGCUAACAGCCAUGUACGUCAUGGUCAGAGUCGUAGAAUCGAUAGGGGUGCGCUUGGCCAGCCAACAAGAACCGCUGCCUUAUAUGGUGUCCCAGCCUUUACCUUGGCAGGUGCACUCUGUGUCGCACAGCCGCAGGAGCAGCAGAGCAGACGAGUUUGAUGGCUAUAGAAGAAACAGCAUGGGCGUGUUUAGAAAGCUCUCCAGCGCCAGUAACGGCACAUGCAGCGUGGAGCCCACCUUACCGCCCCUCAGCCCCGUGGAGGUGAAGGCGGCCUCCACCAUCCAGACCCAUUUCAGAAAGUUCCAGCAGAAGAAGCACAAGAACGGCAAGUAGAUGCACGAAGAAAGAUGUUGGACGUGGGCCAUUUCAUACUCGAUACUUUAUUAAAGCUAAUAACUUAGCUUAGCAUGGUGAUGUUUGAUAAAAGCAUCCUAUCAUUAUGUUGUAAUUCCCCAGGAAUGUAGGCUCAUACAACUUAUUUGUUUGUCUUUGUCAACCACACAACAACCCAAAUGUGCGUCACUACGUCACUUCCCUAUCUCGCCCCAGAAGCCCCGCCCCCGCGGCCAAAGUCAUUGGCUAACACCCCGUAGCCAGCCGCCACAAUAUAUACGUCAUAUUACUGUAAAUCUGAUGUAUUGUCUGUUGCUUUGAAAAUAUCAUACUUAAAAGUGAAUUAUGUUUCCCAAAUAAAUGCAGCAAAUGAUGACUUAACUGUUUCAACGAAGCCUGCUGUGUGAACGAAUAUUUUGUUUGCAGUUUAGCCCCCUCUAGCGGUAAGGCCCUGGUGUUACAGCUUG